GGCAGCGGCGGCGGCCGCAGCAGCAGCAGCUGCUCUUCCAGCCGCAUUGAGGCCCCUGCGCCAGGCGCUGCGUGCCAGCCCGCCCGCCCCGGAGGACGCCACCCAGCUUGGCAGCGCCCGGACGAAGCGAGCAGAGAGUCCCCAGGCCCCGGGACGGCGCCCCGCUUCCUCCUCCUCCUCCUCCUCCCGCGCCCCUGAUCCCUGGAAAUCUAGAGCGCCUCGCCUUCUAUAGCCGCCGCAGCGCCGGGGAGGAGUUCCGGCUUCGACCCUUUUUGCCGCCUUCUCCGAGGGCCCAUUGAAAAAAAAAACCUGGUUGGCUUCCGUGGAAAGGGACGCUUCCUCUUCGCCCCCACCCCUCCCGCAGGGCAGAAUCCCGGAGCCCCAGAGGGGGUUUCGUCUUCGCGCAAAGAGGUCCUUGGGGGGGCUUUCUUCUUCCACCUUUCUGCCUGCACCUCCUGCGCGUUCACACGAUCAGAAGCAGGAUCCCUCCGCCAUGAGUCGCCGGGUGGUGCGCCAGAGCAAGUUCCGGCAUGUCUUUGGGCAGCCGGUCAAGGCUGACCAGAUGUACGAGGACAUCCGGGUCUCCAAGGUGACGUGGGACAGCUCCUUCUGCGCCGUCAACCCCAAGUUCGUGGCCAUCAUUGUGGAGUCGGGCGGCGGGGGGGCCUUCAUGGUUUUACCCCUGGCCAAGACCGGCCGUGUGGACAAGAACAUCCCCUUGGUGACGGGGCAUACGGCCCCCGUGCUGGACAUUGACUGGUGUCCCCACAACGACAACGUCAUUGCCAGUGCCUCCGAGGACACGACAGUCAUGGUCUGGCAGAUCCCCGACUACAUCCCCAUGCGCAACCUGACGGAGCCGAUCGUCACCCUCGAAGGGCAUUCCAAGCGUGUGGGGAUCCUGACUUGGCACCCCACAGCACGCAACAUCCUACUGAGCGCAGGGGGUGACAACGUCAUCAUCCUCUGGAACGUGGGCACUGGGGAGGCACUCCUGACCCUGGACGACCUACACACCGACCUCAUCUACAAUGUCUGCUGGAACCACAACGGGAGCCUCUUUGUCACCACCUGCAAGGACAAGCACCUGCGGAUCAUUGAUCCCCGGCAACACCUGGUUGUGGCAGAGAAAGUCAAGCCCCACGAAGGCGCCCGUCCUGUCCGAGCCAUCUUCAUGUCCGAUGGCAAAGUCUUCACCACCGGGUUUAGCAAGAUGAGCGAGCGGCAGCUAGCGCUGUGGGACUUGAAGAACUUCGAGGAGCCCAUAGCCCUCCAGGAGAUGGACACAAGCAACGGGGUUCUCCUUCCCUUCUAUGACCCUGAUUCCAGCAUAGUCUACCUGUGUGGCAAGGGGGACAGCAGCAUCCGGUACUUUGAGAUUACGGACGAAGCCCCCUACGUCCAUUACCUGAGCACCUACAGCAGCAAAGAACCCCAGCGAGGGAUGGGCUUCAUGCCCAAGAGAGGCCUGGAUGUCAGCAAAUGCGAGAUUGCCAGGUUUUUCAAGCUGCACGAACGCAAAUGCGAGCCCAUUGUUAUGACCGUUCCACGAAAGUCCGACCUCUUCCAAGACGAUUUGUAUCCUGACACUCCGGGUCCUGAACCCGCACUGGAGGCAGACGAGUGGCUGUCGGGAAAGGACGCGGAGCCCAUCCUGGUUUCGUUGCGGGACGGCUAUGUCCCUGUCAAGAACCGGGAGCUCAAGGUCACCAAAAAGAACAUCCUGGACAGCAGGCCCCCCACAGGGCCACGGCGAAGCCAGUCCACUUGCGACACAAAUUUUUCGCGCUCCGCCUUGGAGGAGCUACUUGAAGAGCUCCGGUCCUUGCGGCAAACUGUCCAAGCUCACGAGAAGCGCAUCUCUGACCUGGAAAACAAACUCUGCCAGUUCACCAAUGGGACGGACUAGCAACUCCCCCCCACC